GGAAACUCUGAGCAAUGCUGACGUUCCUGUUCGUAACUGCAAUUCUACUGCAGAGUGCCCACUCGGCGGCAACUUCGAGAGGGAAGGGAGACAUAGCUUACUUGGAAAGCUUGGUUUCCAAGUUGCCUGCCGGUUUUUUGAACAUCGAAUCUCAGUACAUCUGGGUUUCGGAGGAAUAUCGUUGGCCUGACAAUACCGUUCCUUACGUGAUUGCUGAUGACGCUACUUUUACUGCAGAUGAGUUGGAAAAGAUUGAAGCUUGUUUUGAGGACAUUCGGACGUUGACGUGCGUGAACAUUGUCGAGAGAACCACAGAAACGCAAUAUCUGACGUUGACCAACACUUAUGACGGGUGUUUCGCUACCGGGGGCUACUACAAAGGUUAUAACGAAACAACUUUGAACUUGGGCGCUGGCUGUUUUUACUUGGGAAAAGCCGUUCCAAUUCACGAAUUCAUGCAUGUGCUGGGAUUUGGUCAUGAGCAGAUCCGAUUCGACAGGGAUCUAUACGUGAGGAUUGUGUGGAAAAAUAUUCUAGCCGGUACGGAGGGAAAUUUCUUCAAAACUUCCCGACUUGCCAUGUAUCCAAAGUACCCCUACGAUUUCUCCAGCGUUAUGCAAUACCCACUUUGGGGCUUUUCAAUAAAUAGUAACGACACGAUGGAAGUCUUGCCUGGUGUAGACCCUGGCAUAGAUCAGGACUUAAUUGGUGAAGUUUUGGAAAUGAGCACCACUGAUAUUGCCAGAAUCAAUACAGCGUACAAAUGCUGA